AUGUCUUCUAUUUCCAACGACCUCAUCUGGGAGCUUACCCGCAACAACUCAUCGUACCUGCUCAAGCGCAAGACCGGCGGCGGUGUCCAGUUCUCGCGGGACCCUCUUAACGUGUCUGGCGACUACUCGUACUCUGCCUCUGGAUACGCCAACGAGAAGUCAGUUGGUGUUUCUUUGACCUCUGAGGGCGCUGUUGUGCUCAAGAGCAAGAAGGUCGGAUCGUUUGCUACUCCUGCCAAGUCUGUGAUCAGCACCGAGUUCAAGCCUUACACCAGCCAGCGAAAGGUGUACGCCGCUAUUGCGGGUGUUACCAAGAACUACAGAGAUGAUAUGAGAUUGACUGCUGUUAAGCGGGCGUCGCAGCUCCUGUACUCGAAGAAGGCCAAGAAGACUUUUGCUAAGAAGCCCCGGGGCAAGAAGGCUUCUGAGUAA